UAGCCGUUACACAUGACUCUCGUCUCAUCUUCCCCUAAAAAUCCAUCUCAUUACGCCUCAACGGCUACUUCCCCUCCACCCUCCGCUCCGAUCAGAUCCCCACCACCUCCCAUGGCCGCCGCCGCCGCCACCUCCGCGUCGGCGCAUCACGCGCCCGCCUCCGACUUCCCCCCGCCCCCGCCGCCGCUCCACGCCACCGGGCCACGCCCGCGCCGCCGCGCGCGGGAGGUCAGCUCCCGCUACCUCUCCACCCCGGCCCCCCUCCCCACCUCCUCCCCGCGCCUCUCCACCUCCUCCCGCGCCUCCUCCCCGACCCCCUCCCCGCGCGCCCACACCCGCGUCGCCACCCCCUUCGCCAACGAGAACCAGCCCCCCAUCCCCCCGCCCACCACCUCCCGCAGGCGCGCCGUGCAGAAGCUGUUCGGCGAAAUCGCCAACCCGCGAGCCUCCGUCUCCUCCUCCACCACCUCCUCCAUCACCACCCCCCGGCCCCUGCCCCGCUCCACCAGCGGGCCGCCCCCAUCAACCGCGCGGAGGGGGUACCCUCGCCCACCAACCCCCGCCGCGCGCGCCUCCUCCUGCCCCACCCCCACGGACGACGCCGCCUCCUGCUGCUCCUCGGACACCUCCUCCACCCUCACCGACUUCUCCGAGCCCGACGGGGUCCCGAUCUCCGCCGCGCCCUGCGAGAGCCCGCCGCUGCUGGGCCCGGCGUCCUGCCGCGGGGGGCGCCUCUCGUCUGACCUCCGCUCGUCCGUGCCAGAGUCGGGCGGGUCCGCGCGGGGCGCUAUCCCGCUCUGCCACCGCUCCCUCAACUCCGCUCUCACCAGCUGCCAGGGGAAGGCGCUGGCGCCGCCCAGGCCGCCGCAGCCGCAUGUUGGGGCCAGAGUGGCCGAGCUGAAGAAGGCCGCGCUCGUUGGGGGGAGGAAGGUUGCCGGGAAGCAGGAGGACGUGCACCAGCUACGGAUGAUGGAUAACUGCCACGUUCAGUACAGGUUCCUCAACGCCCGGGCUGAAGCGGUGGCCAAGGCCAAGGCUGCGGCGGCGCAGAACUCCCUGUUCGGACUGGCCAAGAGAAUCACCGGGCUGCGAGACUCUGUCGCUGAUAAGAGGGCAGAGGCCGAGAAGAUCAAGAGGAGUCAGAGAUUGUUCUCCAUUGUUGGUAAUCAGGUUCCAUAUUUGGAUCUGUGGAGUGAUGUUGAGGAGGAUUAUUCCAGCUGUCUGACAGGGGCAACAUCAGCGCUGCAUAACGCCUCACUAAGGCUACCAAUUGUUGGUGGUGUUAGGGUAAAUUGUGAGGAAAUCUCAGAAAUUCUUAAUUCAGCAGUCCAGCUACUGGAACCAGCGUCUCCUUGUGUACAAAAUUUAUUACCGAAGGUUGAAGAAGUUGAUUGUGUAGCUUCCAACCUUGCCCAAGUAAUUGCUAGUGAAAGAGCCUUGAUAGAAGAGUGUGGGAAUCUACUAAAUCAAGCGCACCAUUUGCAGAUGAGGGAGUACAGCUUGAGAAGCCAGUUGAUGCAAUUGAAAAGUUAAAAGCAAAAGAUGGAGGAAGUGCAGAAAAUGAACACGAGACCAAGUCAUUUCUUCCGACCGGUGAAGCUAAUUGUGCUCACCAGUGGAAACAUUUUCCAGCAGGACGGAGAAAAAAACAGGUGGCCCGAUGAUCAUACAAAAAAGGAGGCAGAAAUAUCCUUCUGCAGAUCAAGAAUUCCUGAUUCUUUGUGGUAUAUAUGGUGUUUUUGUCUUGGGUCCUUUGUUUCUGUUGUCCUUGUGCAGUCAUGGAAAGAACAACUGAUAGAACCAUCUGUCCUUUACAUAAUGAAAAUUCAAUGAUUCUUUGUACUUGUAGCAUAUUUGCAUUGCUCAGUGCUGUUGUUUUCUUUUGCUUCCGGAACACAUUCUCAUAGAUGGUUGAACAAUGAUAGUUUCCCCUGA